UUUGCGGACAGUCUAAAGGUUAAUCCAAAUAUCAAUUCGUAUCUUCUUCUCUGUUUUCCGGAUCUCUUUCCAUUUUAUUCCCAAUGGCGUCGUGCAUAGCUCCUUUUCCUGUCUCAGGCGGAUCUCUUGCCAAAGAAGACGGAUUCUCUACCACGAAGUUCGGUUCCAUUCGUAAAACCUCUGGGCUGACUAUUCAAAGGAAAUCAAACCGAGUGGGAGGCAGUCACAGGUUUGGAGUUUCUGCAGCUUACCGCAAUAGGGGUGGAAGCAGUGAUUUUGUUGCUGGUUUUCUUCUCGGAGGUGCUGUGUUUGGCACUGUGGCAUAUAUCUUUGCCCCACAGAUCCGAAGAUCGUUGCUGAAUGAAGAUGAAAAUGGCUUCAGGAAACCAAGGCAGCCGGCCUACUAUGAUGAAGGUCUUGAGAAAACAAGACAGACUCUGAAUGAGAAGAUCGGACAGCUGAAUUCAGCCAUAGACAAUGUGUCAUCGCGUCUGAGAGGCGGCGGAAACAGCAGCAGCUCGCCUGCUGUCCCUGUCGAGACCGACCCCGAAGUAGAAGCUACCACUUAGAGAGAGAUCCACUUAUCAUAUGAUUUGACCUUUCUCUCUGGUUUUCUUGCCCAGAUUGAAACGGGGGUUGAGGAUAACACCAUCUAUAAACGAUUCACCCGUUUCAUUGCUUUUUUUAACAGUGUUUUCUUGCAGACUUUGUCAAGCCCAAGUAUAAAGUUUUGCUUCUUUUUUUUUCCAAUCCUUUA